AUGCAACGAAUCAAGUACCAUGUUUUCGAUGUCGCUCGGCAGGUCGCGACUGUAUCCUUGACCCCGUUGAGGAUGGCAGACGACGCAGUGAGCGACGCAGAAGAACAACAACCCCUGCGCGUUGUGACGUCCCCUCUUGAUCCACGUAGUGGACUUCAGACUCCUGUUGCAAGGGAGCAGGAUUACUCGUCGAUACCUGGACGAGAUGACUCUUUCGACGCUUCGAUUGAUUCGUUACCUGACAGUUCCGCGUUCAGAGAUAUGCACAGAUCUCAGACGGCUGAGCGCCAUGGGCCUGACUCGCAGCACUUGAGUCCCAAUGAUAUGAUCGCACCGGUCUCUGCGGUUCAUUCCAUGUCUGUGAAUCUUCUUGAUAGUAACCAUAUCUUCAUAGACAAGUCGGUCAAAGGCGAUGGGCGAGGCGACAUCAUUGCCCGAGGUAUCGUAAGUGAAGAGAAUGCACGAGUGAUGUAUGAGAGAUUCGUUGGAGGUAGUAAGAAUUACUUGCCACUCUUUGACCCCAUCCGUGAUACCUUCGACUCCAUCAGAUCACGUUCAUUGUUCUGCUUUACGGUCAUCAUUUACCUCGCAAGCCGAGCCGUGAUGGACCUUCGCGGGGAUACGCACAUGCAGCGUGUUCUUCAGGACGAAUCGCAACGACUGGCUGAAGACAGCUUUUUCGAACGACCCACCAAACUCGAGACUGUGCAAGCCAUGAUUCUUCUUGCUGCGUAUUCCGAAAAGACGUGGUUCUCCACCGCUCUGAUUCUACGGACUGCCCUGGAUUCGGGCCUUGAAAAGUCUUUGGAUACGCUUCUCAGUCAAGACGUACUUCCUCGUAGCUCCCUGACCGCAACCAUGGCAGAGCGGCAACUGAUCUGGGAGACAAGAACUUGGCUCAUUAGUUUCACUUUGGAACUAGACGUGGCGUCUGGGACGGGCCGCAAAUCACGCAUUGCUGAAGUUGAUGUUGCGAAGCUCCGGGGGCUGCUCGACCAUCCGUUAGCUCUGCCGUGCGACAUGCGAACUAUUUGCAUCAUCGAACUUCAUCAGCUCCGUGAGAAUUGGUGGACCACGUGGGAUGAGAUUCAUAGCAACAACGGGUUUCAUGCCGGUGCUUUCCAAAGGAGCAGCUUGAAGCUGAUGUUGUUGUAUGCAAGGAUCUUUGUCUUUUGCGCAUCCCUCGCACGGAUUCAAAAGUUGCAGCCAGGCACAUCAAGCUUUGAGUCCAAGGAAAUUGACCAAAAUGUGAUGAGCCUGUGGCAAUCACUUGUCACGACCAUCAUGGCCCAGAUGGCAUUUUUGAUUGGCGAACCAGCUUACCGCUGUCAGCUCCCAUGGGCCCCAACAUACCCGGCUUUGACCAUUGCCUUUGUCACGACGUUCGCACUUCGUAUCGCUCGUUGGCGGCCCGAUCUUAUUGACCAGAAUGUUCUUCUUGAGAGAGCAGAAAGGAUAUGCGACUUUCUGAAACAGCCUCCGUAUCCCGACAUCCACCGCACCGUGUCGAUAUUCGUAAAUUAUGCACGAGCUCUGAUCGCUAGCCAACGGUCCCACAGCAGUGAUCGGCAAAGCAAUCACAGCACAGAGUUGCAUGCCCCCUCUGGCUCCGACCAUGAUGCAGUCUCUUCGUACCGAGAUGCAGAGAACCCCACACAUGUUGAUCCACCCACAGGCUCACCCGAGGAUUCACAACAGAGAGUCAAUCUGAGUAUGGGAGCUGAUCGCUACUCCAACGUGAAUGGAGUUGCAGGGAGUGAUGCAGCUACGGCGUCGAGACCGGUCUUUCCCCGGCUUCCCGAUACGAUGGAAGCUCCCAGCUGGACCGUGUCGAAUUCCAUCGCGGAAUCAUUCGGCCUGUUUGAAGAAGGCCAAAACGACAUUUUUGACUUUUUGCCAAUGAUGCCUUCAAUACCAUGA